GCUCAGAAACUGCCAGCCGAGAUCACAGUCUCUAGGACUGAAGCAGGAGGAGGGAAAGACUGGAAGGAAGAGAGACAGGUUAGAGGGAAAGAGGCUUGGGAAGAAAACAGCAGGAAAGAAGCCGCUCAUCACACUUCUAGAGAGGCAAAUGAUGCUGGAGAUGAGGACAGAGAAAGACAAAACUAUGAGAGCCAAAAAAUACAAAUAAAACGAAAGAGGAGAAAAUGCCAAGAAGAACAUCCAUCCGGAGAAAUGAAGAGAAUGAAAGUUUUAUGCUGCAGAGCCGUUCUAUGUUUUUCCGGCAAAAAAUUAUCUUGCUGUUUUUAAGCCCUUUUGCAUUUGCCAGCCGUUGACAUUGAGGCAUGUUCAGCGGUGCCAGCAGCGUCUCCUCUUCCUUCUCCUCUUCCUCUUCAUCUUCCUCCUCCUCAUCUUCCUCCACCAUCACCAUCACCACCACCGCCACCACCACCACCACCUCCUCCUCCUCCUCCUCCCCCUCCUUCUUUUCCUCCUCCUCCUUCUCCUCCCAUCAGCAAGAAGACAAACCGAGGACAGUCUUGAAAUAUCGAAAUUUCCUCCUUGGGAUUUGCCAGCGCCGCGUUGCGCCAAGACUGUCGGAAUAAAGGACGCUGACUAUUGUAUUAUUAUUUUAUUAAUUGGUCAGUGGGAAGAUUACCGAUGAGGAAAGGGGACGCCUGUCACCCUUCCUGCGCUAAGAUUGAAAAAUGAGGCUGAGUUGGGGGAAGCCCUAAAAUGAAGCAAAAGGAAUAAGAUUUUUCAGGACAGAAAGCCACAGGAGCCCCCCACACAGCGCACUUUUAUUUGUUUAUUUUUUUUUUUAAGAUUUUUUUUUUUUUUCGUGGUGGUGGGGGAGGUGAUUGGGUGGCUGACUGGCUGCGGGAAGCUGCUUCCUUUCCCUUUGGAGAUGAUUGUGCUAUUAUUCUUUGCCUUGCUCUGGAUGGUGGAAGGAGUCUUUUCCCAGCUUCACUACACAGUGCAGGAGGAGCAGGAACAUGGCACUUUCGUGGGGAAUAUCGCUGAAGAUCUGGGAUUGGACAUUACAAAACUUUCAGCUCGCAGGUUUCAAACGGUGCCCAACUCGCGGACCCCUUACUUGGACCUCAACCUGGAGACCGGGGUGCUGUACGUGAACGAGAAGAUCGACCGCGAGCAAAUCUGCAAGCAGAGCCCGUCCUGCGUCCUGCACCUGGAGGUCUUCCUGGAGAACCCCCUCGAGCUCUUCCGUGUGGAGAUAGAAGUGCUGGACAUCAAUGACAACCCCCCCUCCUUCCCGGAGCCGGACCUGACUGUGGAGAUCUCUGAGAGCGCCACGCCGGGCACCCGCUUCCCGCUGGAGAGCGCAUUCGACCCAGACGUGGGCACCAACUCCUUGCGCGACUACGAGAUCACCCCCAACAGCUACUUCUCCCUGGACGUGCAGACCCAGGGGGAUGGCAACCGAUUCGCCGAGCUGGUGCUGGAGAAGCCGCUGGACCGAGAGCAGCAAGCGGUGCACCGCUACGUGCUGACCGCGGUGGACGGGGGAGGAGGGGGAGGAGGAGGAGAAGGAGGGGGAGGCGGCGGGGGAGGGGGCCUGCCCCCCCAACAGCAGCGCACCGGCACUGCCCUACUCACCAUCCGAGUGCUGGACUCCAACGACAACGUCCCCGCCUUCGACCAACCCGUCUACACUGUGUCUCUACCAGAGAACUCGCCGCCGGGCACGCUCGUAAUCCAGCUCAACGCCACAGACCCAGAUGAGGGCCAGAAUGGCGAAAUCGUGUAUUCCUUCAGCAGCCACAUUUCGCCCCGGGCGCGGGAGCUCUUUGGACUCUCCCCGCGCACUGGCCGGCUGGAGGUGAGCGGAGAGCUAGACUAUGAAGAGAGCCCGGUGUACCAAGUGUACGUACAAGCCAAGGACCUGGGCCCCAACGCGGUGCCCGCGCACUGCAAGGUGCUUGUGCGAGUACUGGAUGCUAACGACAACGCGCCGGAGAUCAGCUUCAGCACGGUGAAGGAGGCGGUGAGCGAGGGCGCGGCGCCCGGGACCGUGGUGGCCCUGUUCAGCGUGACCGACCGCGACUCCGAGGAGAAUGGGCAGGUGCAGUGCGAGCUGCUGGGGGAUGUGCCGUUCCGCCUCAAGUCUUCCUUCAAGAACUACUAUACGAUCGUGACCGAAGCCCCCCUGGACCGAGAGGCCGGGGACUCCUACACCCUGACCGUUGUGGCUCGGGACCGGGGCGAGCCGGCGCUCUCCACCAGUAAGUCGAUCCAGGUGCAAGUGUCAGAUGUGAACGACAACGCACCGCGGUUUAGCCAGCCGGUCUACGACGUGUAUGUGACCGAGAACAACGUGCCCGGCGCCUAUAUCUACGCGGUAAGCGCCACAGACCGCGACGAGGGCGCCAACGCCCAGCUAGCCUACUCUAUCCUCGAGUGCCAGAUCCAGGGCAUGAGCGUCUUCACUUACGUGUCCAUCAACUCUGAGAACGGCUACUUGUACGCCCUGCGCUCCUUCGAUUACGAGCAGCUCAAGGACUUCAGCUUCCAGGUGGAAGCUCGGGACGCCGGCAGCCCCCAGGCUCUGGCCGGUAACGCCACCGUCAACAUCCUCAUCGUGGACCAGAACGACAACGCCCCUGCCAUCGUGGCGCCCCUGCCUGGGCGCAACGGGACUCCAGCGCGGGAGGUGCUGCCCCGGUCGGCGGAGCCAGGCUACCUGCUGACCCGCGUGGCCGCAGUGGACGCAGACGACGGCGAGAACGCCCGACUCACCUACAGCAUUGUGCGGGGCAACGAAAUGAACCUCUUCCGCAUGGACUGGCGCACCGGGGAACUCCGCACCGCGCGCCGGGUGCCGGCCAAGCGCGACCCCCAGCGGCCUUACGAGCUGGUGAUCGAGGUGCGCGACCACGGGCAGCCGCCCCUGUCCUCCACUGCCACACUGGUGGUGCAGCUGGUGGAUGGAGCCGUGGAGCCCCAGGGAGGGGGCGGGGGCGGUAGCGGGGGGUCAGGGGAGCAUCAGCGCCCCAGCCGCUCCGGCGGCGGGGAGACCUCGCUGGACCUCACCCUCAUCCUCAUCAUUGCGCUGGGCUCGGUGUCUUUCAUAUUCCUGCUAGCCAUGAUCGUGCUUGCCGUGCGUUGCCAAAAAGAGAAGAAGCUGAACAUCUACACCUGUCUGGCCAGUGACUGCUGCCUCUGCUGCUGCUGCUGUGGCGGUGGGGGCUCGACCUGCUGCGGCCGCCAAGCCCGGGCGCGCAAGAAAAAACUCAGCAAGUCGGACAUCAUGCUGGUGCAAAGCUCCAACGUACCCAGUAACCCGGCCCAAGUGCCGGUGGAGGAGUCCGGGGGCUUUGGCUCCCACCACCACAACCAGAAUUACUGCUACCAGGUCUGCCUGACCCCUGAGUCCGCCAAGACCGACCUGAUGUUCCUUAAGCCCUGCAGCCCUUCGCGGAGUACGGACACUGAGCACAACCCCUGCGGGGCCAUCGUCACCGGCUACACAGACCAGCAGCCCGACAUCAUCUCCAACGGAAGCAUUUUGUCCAACGAGACUAAACACCAGCGAGCAGAGCUCAGCUAUCUAGUUGACAGACCUCGCCGAGUUAACAGUUCUGCAUUCCAGGAAGCCGACAUAGUAAGCUCUAAGGACAGUGGUCAUGGAGACAGUGAACAAGGAGAUAGUGAUCACGAUGCCACCAACCGCGGCCAGUCAGCUGGCAUGGAUCUCUUCUCCAACUGUACUGAGGAAUGUAAAGCGCUGGGCCAUUCAGAUCGGUGCUGGAUGCCUUCUUUUGUCCCUGCGGAUGGACGCCAGGCUGCGGAUUAUCGCAGCAAUCUGCAUGUUCCUGGCAUGGACUCUGUUCCAGACACUGAGGUGUUUGAAACUCCAGAAGCCCAGCCUGGGGCGGAGAGGUCUUUCUCCACCUUUGGCAAAGAGAAGGCCCUUCACAGCACCCUGGAGAGGAAGGAGCUGGAUGGACUGCUGUCUAAUACACGAGCGCCUUACAAACCACCAUAUUUGACACGGAAAAGGAUAUGCUAGUCAAUUCUACAGGAUUUACCUGAAGCAGCAUGAUUUGCACAAAGUCGACCAACAAAAGCAUCAACUUUUCAACUUCAUUAUCUUGGCCAUCAGUUAGUUGUGUGUAACCGAGUACUAGAUUGCCGGCGGAGUCAUCGUGGCCAAUUAUAGGACCUAAUUGCUCUCAGCAGGCCUGAGAAAUGAGUUGAAAUGUGCAGAACUGUAGAAACUUUAGAGGCAACUGCUUUUGCCUCUCCGAUCAGUGUGUGCCUGUUUACAGCACUAUAUAUCUUUCUCUCUCCAAAUGUCACUGAGCCCUUUACAUGUUUAUAUUCACCACGAGAAGCCAGUCAUAAAGAUAAAGGAAAUUUGUGCAUUAUAAAUGCAAUAUCACUGUUUUAAACUUGACUGUUUUAUAUUCUUUUUGUGUGAUCGAGUGUUCCCCAAACUAUUCCAACUUUACAAGACAGAUUGUGAUUAUGUUCUUUUCACCUGUGGGUUAUAAAAAAUGUUGUAUUCUGAAGACCCACAAAAUAUCAAAGACAUUCUGUAGUUUAUACACCGU